AUACAGUGGGCAUUCUUGCAGAAAAUUCACUUCGAAUAGAUAUUGCUUGGUUUACCCAUUUAAAUAGGAUCGAUCGACGGAAGUAAACAAAGUAACCACAACGAGGAAGAAGCUUACGAAAAGAAAUCUACAAAGGAAUAGUAUCAACAUGGCCACUGCAAAUAAGGUAGCUAAACUCUGUCCUGAGGGAUCAGAUUCUGAAUCAGAUGACUCUAGUGCUUGGCAAGAAGAGAGAUCUGUAACACCUUUCCCACCCACUGAUGUCAUAUUGGAAGUACAAGGGAUGGAUAUACAUCUCAAUAAACAGGUCUUAAUGGACGCAUCACCCGUUUUUAAGAGAAUGUUUGAAUCUGACUUCAGUGAAAAACAUAAAGACAGGAUACCACUUCCAGAAAAAAAGUAUGCAGAAUUUGUGAACUUUUUAUACACAUUUUAUAACCCGGAACUACUGGCCCCAAUAACGGAGAAAAACGUUUUGGAGGUGGCAUGUCUGGCAGAUGAAUAUGAGAUCAUGGACCUCAAAUUGAAAUGUGAAUUAUUUAUCCUUGAUAACUUUGAACGUGCAUGUGAAGAGGGAGGCUUUCACAUUGAUACAGAUACUCUGGUUAAUUAUGCUGUUUACGCAGAGAAACAUGGUGUGGAAUUGCUUCUUCCUUCGACAAUAAUACUUUGCUCAAAACGCAGUAUUGAGUCAUUAAAACAAGCAAACUUUGAGACAAGACUUACCACUGAUACGCAACAAAAAUCCUGGAUUUUCGAUGUACUGUUAUGGAACGAGAAAUUGCAUCUUCUUUAGACAAAGGAGAACAAAAUAUCUUACAAUUAAUGGAACUGGUUUGGGAAGCUCAAAAUAAUGACAAGAUGAGAAUGUGUGAAAAUCGCCUUGUAGCUAAAUGCAAACAGGUCAACAAAGAAACUAUAGACAAAAACAUGGGCGAUUUUACCCGAGAAAGACUUCUGGAUUACAUAAUCGCUGCUGAAAGAUACAAAUUGAAAAAUCUUCUGUCAUCUGCAAUCGAACUAGCAUCUAAAUGCAAUUCAAGAGGAAUGAAAAAUGAUUUAAAGUAUGAAAAAAUAUCGAGUGUAACAAAAUACGAAAUAGAUACUAUACGACUUGAUCUUCUUGAAAGAAAUGGUAAAAUAGAAAGUAGCCAAAACUUAUUUUUCACUUUUAGUUUUUGCAGAACCAAUCCUGUUCCUGUCGGCUCUUUUCUAUCUUAAACUUAUAUGAGUAUGUAAAACAACAUGACAUCUUCAUGUAUAUAACAUUUUAUUAUAUUUUUAAGGUUAAAACAUUUUGCUUUUGCU